AUGAUAAUGGUAAUAGUUGUUGCUGUUGCUGUUGUUGUUGUUGUUGUUGUUACUGCUGUUUCAGUUACCUGUACUUAUGCUAAUGUUUACUUUCAACAGGUACUACUUCACCGG